AUGUUUCAAUUUAAACGACGACUGCAUAAUAAUAAGUGUUUGGAAGAAGAAACAAAGAAAUUUCGAAUAACGUAUGAUGACAAAAAAAUUAUUAGUUCUUUCGAAAAUUUAUCAAAUGAACUAUUCUAUGAAAUUUUCGAUUAUCUUGAUGGUUAUGAAAUAUAUAAAGCAUUUUCAAAUCUUAAUAGUCGAUUUCAAGUUCUACUCAUUUCUUCAUGUCUUCGAUUAAAAAUUGAUCUUCGUUCUCUUUCAGAACCUCUCCAACAAAAUUCUGCAAUUGGUAUUAUCAAUACGAACAAACAUCAAAUUAUUUCACUUAAUAUGACUAACUUUGAUCACUAUGAUUCAAGUCUUACACUAUUUAACAUCGAUUCAUCAUUUAGUCGACUUGAAUCAUUAGUGUUAGAUGAUAUGAAAUCAAAUCAACUCAUACCUCUUCUUGUAAGUUUGAUCUCUUUACCUCGUCUAUUCUCAUUGACUAUCUAUUAUGAUGAUGAUCUCAAAGACAUUAGCAAUAUAUAUCAACUAGUUUUCAACUUACCAAUGUUAAAUUAUUAUAAAUUAUCAUUUUUCUCAUUUGAAUCAUUUAUUCCUCUAUCAAUAGCAACCAGCAACCAAUUUAGUAGUAUUAAAUAUCUCGUUAUUGAUCAUUGUUGUACUCUCGAUGAAUUAAUUAAUACAAUUUCAUAUACGCCUCAACUCUGUCGACUAAUUUGUCAACAAUUAAAUGAAUCAGAUGACAACAUCGUAAAAGAUUCACUUAAAAUAAUAUUUAGUCUAACUCGUAUUUCCAUUGCUAGAUGUUAUGUAGUAUUUGAUGAACUAGAAACGUUUCUCACCAAUGUAUCACCUCAAUUAGAAGUAUUACGUAUUCAAACUUUCAAAGAUGUGAAUUAUUUAGAUGCUGAUCGAUGGGAACGAAUUAUUUCACACUAUUUACUUCAUUUAAAUAUAUUUGAGUUUAAAUACGAAGAACUCAUUGAUGAAGAGUUGGAAUCAACUGUCUAUCAUGAAAGACUUAAUGAAUUCAACUCGUUAUUUUGGAUAAAACGACAAUGGUUAUUUAAAAUUUAUAUUGACACAAACUAUUGGGAUGAUAAUGUCAUUAUCUAUGCCAUUUCUUCACACAGAAAAACUCCAGACAAUUCUCAUAAAGAUAAAGAAAAUGAUGAAAAUUUCAUUAAUGAAAUUGAUACUGUUAAUAGUUUAAUCGGUCGAAAACCGGCUGGUCCCAAAGUUCGAUAUGCUGUUGUUGGAGCAGGAUCAAUUGCUCAAAGUGCUUUCAUGCCUGGUAUUCUAGAAACGACUAAUUCAGAAAUGACUGUGUUAUGUAGUGAUGAUGCCGAAAAACGUGAUCAAUUAGCAAAACAAUACAAUUUAAUACCAUAUUCAUAUGAUGAAUUUGAUAAAAUGUUAGAUAAUCAUGAAUGUGAUGCUCUUUAUAUUGCUACACCAAAUUUUCUUCAUAUAAACCAUGUUGUUCCCGCACUCGAAAAAGGUUAUCAUGUUUUAUGUGAAAAAUUGAUGGGAUGUAGUGUAGAAGAAUGUGAAACUAUGAUGGCUGCUCAAAAGAAAAGUGGUGCCAAAUUAAUGAUUGCUUAUCGACUUCAUUGUGAUCCAGGCAAUUUAGAAGUACUUGAACGAGUACGAAAAGGAGAUUUUGGUGAUCCACGUAUAUUUAUAUCAAUGCAUACACAAAAUCUUCGACCAGAUAAUCAUCGUGCUAAAUAUGGAUUUGAUUGUGGUCCUGUUCCUGAUAUGGGUCCAUAUCCAAUUAAUGGUUCACGUACUAUGUUUGGAGAUGAACCUAUUGAAGUUCAAGCUAUGGGAUUAAAAAAUUCUGAACAUAAUUUAGAAAUGGAAUAUGAUACAGUUGCUGUUAAUAUGAAAUUUCCGCGGGAUCGAGUAGCAUCAUUCGUUGUUGGAUAUUCAACAGUUUUGACUACAUUUUAUCGUAUUAUUGGUACACAAGGUGAAAUUAUAGUAGAUCCAGCAUUUAAUUUUGAUAAAGCUGUUUCAUAUACAACUCGAUUUGGUGAAGGUGGUGAAGAUGAAAAAAAGAAAAAUUUUCCGAAAGUUGAUCAAUUUGGUGGUGAAACUGAAUAUUUUUCUGAUUGUAUUUUGAAAAAUAUUGAACCUGAACCAAAUGGUGAAGAAGGUUUAUUAGAUACACGUGUUGUUUAUGCUAUUAAAAAAUCACUUGAAACAGGCAAACCAGUUAAAUUAGAACCAUACAAUCGACUUAGACGAGCUCAAAUGGAUCAAGUACGAUCGGUUUCAUUUGGUAAACCGCCCAAACAAAAGGAUGUUAUUGGUCGUGAUUCGGCAAAACCAGGUUUAGAUGCUACACCAGACACUCGUUAA